UUUCUUUGUAUUGCAAGUCUUGUAAAGGUAUGGAUGGGAAACCUGCAAAUAUGCAAAUCUACAAUUUUAUGAAGUGAAAAAACCUCUAUCCAUGGCCAGUAUUAAGGUUCACCUGGAAUGGAUUGCACAGAAUUGCAUCUAGACAGGAUUUGAAUAUCUCCAUAGAAGGAGACUCUACAACCUCUGGACAGCUUGUUUUGGAACCAGUAAUGAAAACUGACUCCACCAAUUAAAAAGACAAUUUACAUUUCUCUUUUCUGGAAUAGAUAUGUGUCAACGAACUUAAUAUUUAGAUCAAAAACACAGAAAAAUGCAAGUCCCUUUACCAUAAUAUGUAGAACCCUAUGACCAGGUGGUAUCAUCAGUAAAAAGACUCUAUUUUAGUAAAGCAUUUAGAUUCCUUUACAUGCAGUGAGGAGAGAAUGAUAAGUGGCAGUCUAACACAUGAUGAAAUUUACCAAGAAGAAUUUUUUUUUUUUAGUUGGUGGAAUUAUAGUUUAUAUAGUUGAUAUUGGAGUCGACUUUUGGGUGGUUAGUAAAUAUUUCUGUCAAGGACAAUAUUCUUGGAGUAUAUUGAUACUGUUUUUUAGAGGUCUUUCAUCAUUAGUAACUCAGAUAUUUAGUUAUGAAUGGUUUAAAAACGACUGGGAAGGUACUGAUACUGGGAAGCUGAAAUGGAUUUUUCUAGUUCAUCUCUUUCACUGUGGUAUUUUUAUAAGGUAUUGGUUUGCUUUGAAAUAUGGUUACCAAGCUGCAUUUAAACCAAAAAGACGUGAAGAUGCUUCAGAAACAGAUCCUUCCAACCUCAUUAAAAAACAAGCUAUUGAUGCAGUGACUGAUAUUAACAUGCUCAGGGUGUUCAAGGCUUUUCUUGAGACCACACCACAACUUUUUGUCCAGAUUUACAUCCUCUUGCAACAUGGCAAAACUAAUUGCUAUCAAUAUGCUGCUAUCUUUAUGUCUUUUUGUGGUAUCUCCUUUUCAAUGGUCGAUUAUCAGAUAUCAUUACAAAAAUCUCUGCCUGACAAAGGUGAACUUCGUGUGCCUUCCAGGUUCAUGUAUCUCUUCUAUAAACUGUUUACCAUCACUUCUUGGGUACUCAGUAUUUCACUGAUCACUCUACAAAGUGUUAGAAUUUCUGUAAUUCUGCUGAUAUUUCUUUGGAUCUGUGGCUUCACUUGGACUUUGAAACAAUGUACAACAUUUUGCAAAUCUAAGAAGAUGGAAUAUCUUUACAGAACUGUAGUUGGAAUAAUUCUAAUUUUUACAUUUUUUAACAUAAAGGAGAAAAGAACAAAAGUUUUCAUUUCUAUUUAUUAUGCUACUCACACUGUAGUAACUCUAAGUAUUUUGCUUGUACAUAUGUUCUGGAAAUAUUCCAUUAUCAAGGAAAUACAUUUUAAAAUUGUGAGCAUCUUAACUGUUUUACUUCUGGUGUUAGGUAUUAUUUUUCUUGUUGUUUAUUAUAGACAUUUUCAUCCGACUACUUAUUACAGACCACAGACAUGUUUAGAUGAAGUUGAUGGAGUGGCAGGACAAAAAGAUAGAGUGAAAACUGGCAGAUUUCAAAUUUUUUAAUGCCAUAAAUGGUAUAGAUCUUUUUUGUGCAGACUUCAAAGCAAAUACUUGCUGGACACUCUGUUUCUCUGUCAUUGUUUCUUAUGUAUCAUCACAAAAGGGACCAGAAUUAUUGACUUUGAAUAACUAUUUGUUUUCUGUGAAGCUGUACAAAGACUGUAACAUGAAUACUUAUCUGCUGGUGAAAGUUACUUUUGAAAAAUAAACUAUCUAUCUAUGCAACACAAUCCACUGCUUCAGUUUUUUUCGCAAUGCAAAUGUAAUGUAGGAAAGCUAAAAGUUAAUAAAAUGAAACCUAGCAUUAAA